UGGUGGUGGCGGCAGACCGGACACAGCGGAGCACGGGUUCUCAGUAACACAGCGAUGAAGAAACACAAUGGCAAGAACAAGCAAAAGAAAAGUACUGACCGCUCUACCGGCGCUAUGCCGCGGCUCCUGCAGGGCCCACCAGCAGACACCGCGGUAGACUCAGCCAUCUAUCCCUCACUCCUGCAGCAGCCAUCGCCUGUUCUCCCUGUAGUGCAGCCUUUCCCGGCGGCAGGUGAGGCGAGGCACCAACGCCACCAGAGCUACCAAUGCCCCCACGACCAGGCCAACGACCACACCACAUUGAACACACCGCCUUUCGUCUCACCCCACCAGAGCUAUCAAUCCUACCAAGACCACCACCAGAACCUGUUUCACCAAGACUACCAGUGGAAUGAAGGUCAGAAGAUAAACAGUCCUAAAACUCGUGAAGACGUAGAGAAAAUGAAAAGGAAGAGGUAUGAGGCAAAGGAACAAUUGGAUAGGUGCUGCAAUGUUCUGGGGUCAAUAGAGAGGACGGGAGAGGAGGAAAGAGCAAGGUUACAAAAGUUGGUGCAGACAGCCAGUAAUGUUCUCCCAGUUGAUGCUCCCAGUUCGGUGAUACGUGCUGCAGGUCAAAUGUACGGAGGAUCAUAAAGACACCUGGUCCUACUCCUGCUGCUGAUGAUGAUGAUGUUUGUUCAUAUAUUAUUAUUAUUAUUAUUAUUUUACUUGUUUUCUUUUCUAUUUUAUUAUCAUUUUUUUUAGAUGAUGCAUAUGAAAAGGAAUCCUGCAUAGUUGUUUCAAAUUUAUUUUUACUAAUCCCUUCAGUACUAUAACGCAUUUUUACCUUGAGUUUUGGGUAUGAUUAGACAGCUUUAUUUUAUUUACAUUAGGAUGGCUCUAUGGAAGUUCAAAGAUGAAUGGCCACAGUCUUCACUAUUUCAAUCCCCACAUAAGUUUCUGAAGCUAUAUAAAAUCACCAAAUAGUGGAGCAGAGUGAAUAUGGAAACGCGUCCUGGUACUGAAGGGUUUAAUUGCAGCUUUGUUUGAGCGUCUGGCAAUAGUUAAUAAGUUAGGAAUGAGUUAGGUUAGUUUUAGUGUAUGUAUUGUCUCUCUCUCGACUCUGGCCCUGUUUUUGUUUGUCGAAAUUAUAACAUUAACCCCUUCAGUACUGUGACACAUUUUCACCUUGAGAUUUGUGUACGAUUUAGACCGUUUCAUUGACAUUAGGAAGGGUCUAUGGAGGUCACAAGAUCAAUGGCCACAGUCUUCAGUAUCUCAAUCCCCCACGUUAGUUUCUGAAGCUGUAUCAAAUCGCCAAAUAGUAAGCAGAAUAGAUAUUGAAACUUGUGGUUUUGAAGGGAUUAAUUAAAGUCACCUUGUAAAUUGUAGCCUACAUAUAUUGUCUUUUUUUUUUCUUUAGUUUUCAUGCCUAGGGUUAUUCUGAUGCUUGAUAUAACAUAAGACUUAGAAAAUAUGAGAAACAUGCUCCUAGUAGUGAAGCCUAUGUAUUCCCACUUACCAAAUUAAUGUUAUGGUGUCGAACAUAACAACAUCAUUUUCUUGAAGUGACGAGCCUCCUGUUUUCUUAAUUUCGCUGGAAAGAAAAGAAAAUGUAUUAAGGAAAUGUAAUAUAACUUUGGUAGAGCUUUUCUUUUCGAUAUAAUGAUGUUUUUAUGGUGGCGCUGGUGUGACUAACAAACUCUUACCUAGGUUAUAACGAUGUGUUUGUGGUGGCGCUGGUGUGACUGCCAAACACCUAGGUGGAUGCUACGCUGUUGAAAUUGGUUAAAUGUUGUAGUAGUAAGAAGGAAUGAGGAAUGCAGGUGUGUGAAGGAGUUGAGUGGUGCUUGUAGUAGUAGUAGUAGUAGUAGUAGUAGUAGUAGUAGUAGUAGUAGCAG